GUGAUAUGUCAACUCCUUAGCACCAUCCACGAGCACGUUCACUGCCUUUACAAACUGUCCGACGCUGUCUCCAUGUUGGACAUGUUGCUCUCGCUGGCCAACGUGUGCACCCUCUCAGACUAUGUGCGUCCGGAGUUUACAGACACAAUGGCCAUCAAGCAAGGGCGUCAUCCCAUUCUGGAGCGAAUUGCUCUCCAGCAGCCCGUAUCAAACAACAGCUACAUCUCAGAGGGCAGCAACUUCGUCAUCAUAACUGGACCCAACAUGAGCGGCAAAUCCACUUACCUCAAGCAGGUGGCCCUGUGUCAGAUCAUGGCCCAGAUAGGGUCCUUUGUCCCCGCCGAGUACGCCUCUUUUCGGAUUGCCGACCAGAUUUUCACCAGAAUUGGAGUAGACGAUGAUUUUGAAACUAACUCUUCCACCUUCAUGUUAGAAAUGAAAGAGGUCUCCUACAUUAUUCAUAACGCGAGUCACAGGUCAUUGAUCAUCAUCGAUGAGUUGGGACGUGGCACCAGUGCGGAGGAGGGCAUUGGCCUCUGCCACUCGGUCUGUGAGUUUCUCCUUAGCCUGAAGGCGUUCACUCUGUUCGCCACACACUUUCUUGAGCUGUGUCAGUUGGAGUCUCUUUAUCCAAACGUGGAGAACCAGCACAUGGAGGUUCAGCACACACGCAGUGGUGACUCAGGGGCAGAGCGAGUGGAGUACACAUAUCUGCUUAGCCGAGGAUGCGCCGAGCAAAGGCACUAUGGUCUGAAAGUGGCAGAAAUGACUGCAUUUCCUCCAAGUAUCAUCCAAGAGGCAAAGAGAGUUGCAUCUGGAGUCAGCCAGAAGCUUUUGGCCAAUCAUCAAACUGACCCAGACACUCAGAGAAUGAGAGCCGUGUACCACCUGGCCACUCGCCUCUUGCAGACUGCCAGAAACUCGCGGCUGGAUGCUGAAAGCCUGCGUAUGUAUCUGAAGGGACUUAAGAAGCAGUAUGAAGCUGAGCUGCAAGCGGCAGGGCCGUCAGAGGCCAUCAACACUCAGGAGGAGUGACUGAUUCAGGACUUCAAGUGGAAAAUUCAUUUCUUUAUAAUUACUG